AUGUCAUUGACCAACAGUGUGACCGAUUAUCCUGUUGAGCAUGGAAGAACCUACCACAGGUACCACGAGGGAGCUUAUGUAUACCCCAAUGAUGAACAGGAAUUAGAACGCCUAGAUAUGCAACAUCACAUGAUUAAAAUGACGAUGGACGGAAAGCUAUUCCAAGCUCCCCUCCAAGACCCAAAGAACAUUCUUGACAUUGGUACUGGGUCAGGGAUAUGGCCAAUAGAGAUGUCAGCGUUGUUUCCAAACGCCCAAAUAACAGGAACGGAUCUGUCCCCAGUGCAGCCAACAGAAGUACCGCCAAAUGUGCAUUUCCUGAUCGAUGAUGCCACCGAGGAGGAGUGGCUAUGGAGCAAUGACUAUUUUGAUUUCAUUCAUACCGGCCACAUGACUGGUUCUGUGCCGUCGUUCAAGCGUAUACUACGACAGUCAUUCAAACACCUCAAACCGGGGGCAUAUAUGGAAUGUCAUGAGCCAGACCCCAAACCGAAAUGUGAUGAUGGGACCAUGCCUCCCGAAAACACAGACGGGGGAUACAGCGCAUACGCCUUGCAUGAUUGGGUAGACCUUAGUGUGCGCUCAGGCCGUCAGUCUGAUCCACCAAGACAGUUCCGAAUCGCCCAUCGGAUUGCGCAGUGGAUGAAAGAGGUAGGAUUUGUUGACGUUGAAGAACGACUCUACAAAAUCCCCACAAAUACCUGGCCACAGGACGAGAGGCUAAGGACUAUCGGCGAUUGGAACGAGAGCAAUUGGCUGCAGGCUUUGUCCGGGUGGUCAUAUAAGCCAUUUCUUGCCCUUGGGUGGUCGCAAGCCGAAAUUGAAGUCUUCCUCGUUGAUGUGAGGAGGAGUAUACAGGACCGAAGUGUCCACGCUUAUAUGGACUUUCAUGUGGUGUCAGGACGGAAGCCCCUUCUCAGCGAAGGGGAAGCUGCUUCCUGA